AUAUUUCGGGUCGAGCCAUCGAAGGGAAGGGGACGAACUAUAGAUCGUUUCGAGGAGGGAAAGAGAGAAGAACUCUCGAUCGGUGGAAGCGUCGGAGGGAAGAGGAAAAUGGAAACCUUGCGAAAACUGGAAAGGGUGCACAGCCUUCUGUCUUUGAUGGAGGGACGAGGCAUCUCCUCCGGUAACGCAGAUGCUGAUCGCUUCCUCGCCGAUUUCAUUUUCUUCUUGGUAAAGCCAUGCGGAAUUGUCACCAUGGAUGUGAAACUCAAAAUAAUUUCUGAGUUCUUACCAAAGAUUUCACCCAAGAUUUGUGAUGAAGUUUUUGUCUUUGCUAAUGAGGAAGAUUGCCAACAGAUUGAUACUGAACUUCCAUUGCAGUCUUCUCUUCAAAAAAGUUUGGAUACUCAAGAAUCAAAAUUUGAAGAAACUCCCAUGAUUGGGCUCGAUGCAAUGAAACGUGCCAAUUCUACCCUAGAGGACUUUUGCAGGUCUUAUUUCAUGUUUCAUGGACUAGAUGGUAACAAUCCAAAGGAGAUAUUCAAGUACUUACCAUUUCUUUCUUUCACGGAGAGCUACAUAUAUCAGCUAGACACAUUGAAUGAGAAGGAAUUGCAAUUACCAUCCAAGGUUAAAGGUUGUACACUGGGAAAGAGUUUGAGCAACUUUUGCAGAGGCGAUCCUUUUGACUCUCUUGUUAGUGUUUUGCAGUUUCAUGGGCUUCUAACUGUGAGGAUAAGAAAAGAGCUUAAUUCAGGUCUUGAGUACUGGUCACUUGAAAGAAAACUUUGUCAUGCUUUGUCAAGAAAAAAAAAGAUAGUAGUUGAAGAUGUUCUGAAAGCCAUUCAUCUAAAAUCAUUUGAUUACAGAGUUCUCAAUCUGUUGCUGUACCAACUAAGGGGUGAACAGGUCAAUGAGCUACAUAUGGAGUUUCUAUCAGUUUCAGAGUAUUUGGUUGAGUUAGCAGAUGACCUGUAUGACUAUGAGGAUGAUGUUAUGGAGAACAGCUUCAAUGUACUGCGUAUGUUUGUCAGGAUAUAUGGAGCUUCAGCAGCACCAUGUAUGUUGGCACAACGUAUUACCGAUGCGGAGAAGAAAUAUGAGUGCCUGUCGAGGACUUUGGAUCAGGAAUUGUCAACAAAUUAUUGGAGAAGAUGUGAAGAAGCUACAAGAGAAGGAGGGUUAACUUCUGGUCAUGCAUUUGGCACCUGGAAUAUUCCUCCAGUUAUUGUCGAUGAGGAAUCCUUCAGAUUGGAAAGGAUGAAAGGAUGAAAGUGGGAAUGUGCCAGGAUACUUAGGAAGGCUCUGCCACCCACAGUACAUCUCCAAAUGAAAUAAUUGAUCAUAUGGCUUGCUUGUCCAGAAGUUGCAACUAAUAUUGGAAUCAACUGUAUCUGCUCAUUUGCACUUGGAAUCUUACUGUAUUCCCAUAAGAAGCUUCUCGUAGUUCUUAGCUUGUGGGAUUUUAGUUUUGAUUGCGUGGGAUUUUUGGUAAAAGAAAAUGAGUUCCCUAGUAAAUUCUAUUACCAGUGAAGUGUUACAUGAAAGAUGAAUUAAGAUUCAUAUAAGAUCAAGGAUAUUAUUAUUCAGGAUCA